AUGGUUAAAGAUACUAAACUUUACGACUUAUUGAAUGUAUCUCCAACUGCUAACGAACAAGAAAUUAAGAAAGGUUAUAGAAAAGCUGCUCUUAAGUACCACCCAGAUAAACCCACUGGUGACACUGAAAAGUUUAAAGAAAUUUCAGAAGCUUUUGAAAUAUUAAGUGAUCCACAAAAAAGAGAAAUAUACGAUCAAUUCGGUUUAGAGGCUGCAAGACAAGGUGGUCCUACUUUUGGUGCCGGUGGUGCCGGCGGUGCUGGUGGAUUUGGUGGUGCUCACCGUUUCUCUAAUGAAGAUGCUUUCAAUAUCUUCUCACAAUUCUUUGGUGGUAGCUCUCCAUUCGGUAGUGCAGGAGAUGAUAGUACCUUUUCAUUCCAAAGUUUCGGCGGUGCACCAGGUGGUGGAUUUACCUCAUUUGGUGGUAUGCCAGGUGGUAUGGGUGGAGCUUCUCCACCUGUUCAAGAAGAAACCGUCCAAGUUAAUUUACCUGUCUCCUUAGAAGAUUUAUUUAUUGGUAAAAAGAAGUCAUUUAAAGUUGGUGUAAAGGAUCAAAGAGGUGUUCAAGAAAAGAAACAAAUCGAUAUUCAGUUAAAACCAGGUUGGAAAGCGGGCACUAAAAUUACAUACAAGAAUUAUGGUGAUUAUAAUCCACAAACCGGUGGUAGAAAGACUUUACAAUUUGUUAUUCAAGAAAAACCACAUCCUGUAUUUAAAAGAAAUGGUGAUGAUUUAGAAUGUGUUAUACCCCUUACAUUUAAAGAAUCUUUAUUAGGUUUUUCUAAGACUAUACAGACAAUUGAUGGAAGAACAUUACCUAUCUCAAGAAGCUCGCCUGUUCAACCAACUGAAACUUCUAGAUAUCCAGGUCAAGGUAUGCCACUUUCCAAGAACCCUUCGCAAAGGGGUGAUUUAAUUGUUCGUUAUAAGAUUGAUUAUCCAAUUUCUCUAAAUGAUGUCCAAAAGAAUGUCAUUGCCCAAAAUUUUUAA